AUGCCUUCUCCUGGAUCUCGAUUUACUUACGAAGCCCUCGCCUUGGGCGAAUUCCGGCUCCUCUCAAUCAGGCCUGGCCACGCGCCGUGCGAGUAUAAUUGCUCGCUGAGACACGAAAAUAUAUCCAACCCUCCUCCAUACAAGGCAUUAUCAUACGCCUGGGGUGACCCUACUGCGAAUCAUGGGAUCAAAGUUAACGAUGGAGUUUUCCUCAUUAACUCAAAUCUCAAAACUGCUUUGAAGCACUUGGAUUUUGAGGACCAAGAAGCCAUUUGGAUCGAUGCGAUCUGCAUUAAUCAGAAUGAUGACCAGGAGAAAAGUAGUCAGAUCGCAGCAAUGUCGCAUAUAUACCGCGGUGCGAGUGAAGUCAUAGCUUGGAUAGGAGAAUCGUCGUGGGAGAGCCGAAGAGCCUUUGCAUUUCUCAGCGCUUGGCUUGACUCCGUUGUGGAACUCCAGAUUCAUCAGGGGCCCGUAGAUGAAGGGGACUUAUAUGAUUUGAACCAGAGAAAGGACUUGAUCGUCUCGGAAUUUCCAUCGCUCAAAGGAGAUGUAGUUCACCAAAUUUUGAAGAUUAUACAAGAUGAUAUGUCCAUGUCUCUUGGUUGUCUUAAUUCCCCUCACAUCUCGUCGAUUGAGAUCGAUAUUCAUGUCCUUAGCCAACCUGCAGAGAACAGAAUUCUGGAUUUGAUCCGUGAAUAUGUGAUUUCUAGAGAUGACGCGGAAACGUCUGAGGAUGAAGAAGCACCUCACAAAGUCAAACUAUCGAAUCCCCGUGGCCCUUUAGCAAAAUUUCUAGGUUCUAUCGAUGGUAACUUUCACGCUUUACGGAAUAUGUUCUCUGAGAGGGCGUGGUGGGAAAGACUCUGGGUGAUCCAAGAAGCUGUUGUCUCAAGAGAGUUAUCUCUCCAGUGUGGACAAGAAAAGAUACCUUGGGAAGGAGUAUUGGAACUAUGGCGCAGUCCAGGAAUUUCAGAUCAAAGGUAUUUGAACGGAAGUGCAUCAUAUAUUUUGGAGGGAAAUGAGUUUAGGCAUGUUCGACGGCUGACGACGGAUGGUUCGUCUCUUGGCAAGGAGGAGUUCGACACAACGAUGUCAAUGAGCGUCGCUGCGGCGGAAGGCAUCAAUGCCCGCUCGGAGAGUGACAAUAGCAAGGCGUUGAUGCAGGAGAGGGGAGAAUCCGACCAGGAGACUGUGGCGAGUGAAGACUACGGCAACUCGCCCGAAAACUGCAUUCCGUUCACGAGGGAUGAGUUUUUAGGGGAAGAUGGUCCGUUUGGGAUAAACUAUCGUGAUAGUUUACGACACAGCACGCUCGGGUAUAUGUUCUUUACGACUAAGACAGGCUACAUGGGACUUGUACAAGGAAAUGCAUCACCCGGAGAUCUGGUGGCCAUCGUACAAGGUUCAGAUAUACCGCUCAUACUCCGCCGACAGGUAUCCGGCCCCGGAACGGAUGGAAAUGAGACAAUUUUCCAUACAUUGGUCGGGGCCUCGUACGUACAUGGAAUUAUGGAUGGGCAAGCGAGAGCUGCUGCUGAGCUGUGCGGUUUGGAAAAGGACAAGAUAUACAUUAAAUAA